AAGAGUUCCGCAUUCAAAGCGUUGACUGUUUGAGAAGCGCCCUGCUUAGUUUAUUUACACUUCGACACAUAAUAUAUUGCAAAUGCGCUAAAAUGAUACAAGUGCUGUACUCAAUCAUUUUGUGUGCUGUUGUAGCCUGUGGGCUCCGACCUGUAUACAAAAGUCUGAAUACCGGCUCUUCUCCCUCUUCUGGAAAGUUCGAGAAGACGCCAGAGAAAGAGUCUUCACUCAGUAAAAGCGACUAUUAUAGUUCACACGACGAGUCCGACAAAAUAUUCUCCGGAUAUUCGUUCUCAAAAGUGGAAAAUGCCUCAGAUAAUGGGGGUCUAAUUGUGAAGUGUGGAGAGAAAAACUGGAGGAUAGUGGUGAAGAGAAAGUACUUCGGACGCGGCCUUCCUUUCUCACCGCGGUCCGUCCGGCUCGGUGAAGAUGGCGGCGCUGCUGUAGAGUGCAGGCCUCAGACAGACUUUCUCACCGCCUCUCUGAUGAUCAUUUCUGCAGGUUUACAAGACUGUGGUAGCGAGUCUUGGGUAAAUGGUGACUGGCUCAUCUACUCCAAUAAAUUGGUGUUUUCUUCUGGUGCUUUUCUCACCAUGGAUGGCGUCCUGCUAUUCAGACGCACUCCUUCUGUGGUUCCCAUUGAGUGCCAUUAUAAAAGACGGUUUAGGGUGGGUGCAGAACCCCUUAGCCCUACCUGGUUACCUAUGACCUCCACUAUAGAAGCAGCUGGAUUGCUGCACUUCUCUUUACACGUUGUUAAAGAUGGCAGUGGCUCUGCUCAUCAGUCCACUCAAUUCCAGCAGGGACAGCCAUUGCUCCUGGAAGCAGCAGUAUAUGCCCCAUUGCACCCUCUUUUACGAAUCUUUGUGGACAACUGUGUGGCCACUGCUAAUUCCGACCCAUUCUCAAAGCCCAGCUAUGAGUUCAUAUCUGACCAUGGGUGUCUGGUUGAUAGCUUGCUGCCAAACUCGCCUUCUAAAUAUUACAACAGGCCAAAGGAGAAUGUCCUCAGAUUCAGCCUUCCAGCAUUCAGCUUCCCCCAGGAUCAGAGAAAACAGGUUUUCAUCAGCUGCCAUUUGAGAGCUGCUCCUCAUCACCGUCCAUCCGACACCCAGAAUAAGGCUUGCUAUUUUCAUGGACCUUCAUUCAGCUGGCGCUCGAUAGAGGGGAACAACACUGUUUGCUUGUGCUGUGAAACUGGAGAUUGCAUGGCAGGAAAGAUGGACUCGUCCAGCGUAUACCUGGGAGAAGAGCGGACCGCAGUGAAUAUAGGCCCGCAGCAAGUUCUACCCACAAAUUCACACUCGACUGGCAAACUUACCAUAGGGGAUGUAAGCCUCACUUGAGCUGUGAAAUGCCUGGAACAUGCUGUACUUCAUCAGGUGUUUCCGCACAGGCUCAAGCCAGUCCUGCAGAAUGUACAUCUGUUCCCUUUUCAUUGUUUUCCUGUUAUCCUGCAAACCUUUUGAAAAUAAACAAAACUCGUGACCUUCAGUUAA